AUGUCCUUUGCCACUGUUAUGAAAAGAAAUAUGACUAAUCAAGUGAUCAUGUUGGGUCGUCGUCACUGCACCAAUCUAUUAAUCAACAGACAGUCUACUAUUAUGACUCCACGUUUGAUACUUUCACUAAGAAGGCUAUCUUCCACAAGAUACAUCAAUAACUCAAGGAACAGUUUAAACAAAAGUGAACUACCUUUCACUUUUUCUCCACAGGGUCCAGAACAAGUCAAAUACACAAAGGACCACGAAUGGGUGGCUUUACAUCCUGAUGGAACCGGGUUUCUAGGGAUUACCGACUAUGCCUCUGCUGCAUUGGGUGAUACCACUUUUGUAGAACUGCCAGAAGUAGACCAAAUUGUAGAAGCUGGUGACUCUAUUGGUAGUGUCGAAUCAGUCAAGUCUGCUUCUGAGGUGUAUAUGCCUGUUGACGGUACCGUCACUGAAGUUAAUACCCAAUUAGAAGAUUCACCACAGUUGAUCAACUCUGACCCAUUGGGUAAAGGUUGGAUGGUCAAAUUUAAAGUAGAUAACACAAAGAGUAAGGAACAAAUGGAUGAAUUAUUCAGUUUAGAACAGUACAAAGAAUUCUUAAAGGCUGAUGAACAUUAA